CGCAUAAAGACAAGCUUUUGGCUAAACUCUGGGGUGAUAACUACUUCAAACUCUGCCGUUCGCAAGUAGGGUACGAAGGCCUCCGAUGCCAAGGGCAAACCACUUCAACGGCCCUUCAACAUGUUCGUCCUUGAUCCGAUCUUCAUGAUUUUCGAUGCUGUUAAGGGCCAAGUCGGUCCCCUUUAUGAGAAUCUCGAUGUCAAACUGACGUUUGACGAGCAAGAUGUCGAAGGCAAUGCUCUCCUCAAGGUCGUCAUGCGCGACCGCGUUAAGACGCUCUACGAAGGUCUUAACGAUGAUGAACGGCGCCCACUUCGGAUAAGGGAUGCCUGCGGUCUUGCGUUCUCCCGUACCGUUCGUUCUGGUCCCGAGAUCCAUAUCCAGGGCCCCGACUACGAGCCUGGAAAUAAGGCUGACUUAUUCGUCAAGUCAGUCCAGUACACGGCGCUCAUGAUGGGUCAUUACAUGGAGUCUAUUCAAGAUCGCCCUACCGGUAACUUCUGCGGUCUCGUCGGUAUUGACCAGUUCUUGCUCAAAAGCGGAACUAUCAUCACCCCUGUGACUGCACAUGACGUGAGGGUCAUGAAGUUUUCCGCGUCUACUGCCGUGGAGGUUGCUGUUGAGGUCAAGAACGUGGCUGAUUGA